CCGAAACGGUCGUGCGUGUUUUCCAUCUACGUGGUUUUCCACAAAAUCCCGAGGAAAAUUCCAAACCGAGUGCAUAAGUUAAACGACGGAAUUCGUCUUCAUCACCUUCGUCACCAUCCAGACACUAUCGUACAAAUAGCGCUAGAAAAAUGAGCGACCGCAAAGCCGUCAUUAAAAAUGCCGACAUGGGCGAGGAAAUGCAGCAGGACGCUGUCGAUUGUGCAACGCAGGCACUGGAAAAGUACAACAUAGAGAAGGACAUUGCCGCCUACAUUAAAAAAGAAUUCGAUAAGAAAUACAAUCCCACCUGGCACUGCAUUGUCGGCAGAAAUUUCGGGUCUUAUGUUACACACGAGACACGUCAUUUUAUAUAUUUCUAUCUCGGCCAGGUUGCCAUCCUAUUAUUUAAGAGCGGUUAAACCACAAAAUUAAAUUAAUAUCAUCGAAAUAAUGUGGAGUUGAAGAAUAGGAAUACACAAGGAGGAGAAAUGGCAAAGCGUGAUAAGAAAAGCAGUCGCAUGUAGCGGAGUCUUGAUUUCGGACAUGGGCUUUGACGCAAGUAACCAAACGGGCCCGAAAGGAAAAAGGGAAAAGCAGCCGCAUGGAAGUCCAAGCAUUAUUAGAAAUGAGAAGAAAUUUGACAUUCUUUAUAUAUUUACCGUGAACUGUACUAAAUCGAAUGGAACAGAAAUAUAUUAAUUGAACAAAUCAACUUUACCAGAAUGCGCUAUAGUAGCAUAGGUCUUGGAUAAAAGUCUUAUCUCUGUGCUCAUUAUAAUUUCACACUUUGCAUAUAACUCUCGAUUGCUACCUUAUUUUUAGGCCACAUACAAAAGUAUACUAUGUUUCGUAUUUGCUAUCUCUUUUACAUGCACAUUGUGAGCAAUGAGAUAUGUUACUGUUAAUUUUGGAAAAAUAUUCAAUACCAUUUGUCUAUUUUUUUAAAAUGAAAUUCUAAAAUCAAAACAAUCAUGUCGAUCGCAAUGAAUUAUUCUAUUUAGUGUAUCGUGUUGGUACAUCGUACAUAGUCGUGAACGAGUUCCAAUGAGGGUGCAUCGUCUAUGAACAGGACAUUGAGCAAGACUCAGGAGCAUAUAAACAAUAUCACAGGUAAAGUUAUAGAUAUGUAACCAGAAAAUUUCUCGACGACCCUGGUUGCUUCAGACUUUGAGAUAGAUUGGCAAAGAUCGGCAUGUCACAUGCGUGCUUGACAAAAAUGUCGAAAAAAAGCAUUGCACAAAUAGUAAGGAAAUUACUUCUAACAACUCCUGGUGAAAAUCAGUUCCAAUUGUUGCAUUGCGCAUCGAAAAGGCUAAGUUAUUUACAGAGUAUUCAUGAUGAACGAUUUCAGCGUUGAGUUAAAGGCCAGUGAGCAGAUAACUUUUUUCCUAUACAGACCAUCGCGACUUGCCUUUCGGCGGCAAUCGCAAAUCGGUUUUUUGCUGUGCGUCGUUUGUCGUGCUAUGGUAAAUCGUAUAGUGUUAGUUUGAACCAGCUACCUGUAACAUAGAAUUUGUUCUUUAGAAACCGAUGGAAUGCAGGUUUAAUUUUGUUUAUUGCGCUUGAAUGCUUGGUUUCAAAAGGAAUAAACGAUGUUUUCUAUUAGUUAUAGUCAUGUUUUUUAUUGCCAGAUUUGUUUUCCAUCUAGUGUAUUAACGACAGGAGUAUAAAUAAAACACUCGAAUUACAAACUUAUUGCAUAGAACCGAGAGCGUGUACUAUGUUGUGUUAGCAAAACAAAAACACAGCCCAAGCACCGGGAUAGAAAGCGGGAGUGGCCUGCAUUUAGCGCCACCUACGAAGUUAAUGGAGGUGUAGUUUAGCAAAUAAAAAUUCAAUCGUGCGGCAGCAAAAAGAGGUGUCAUAAGAAAUGCAGCUAAAAGCUAACUAUAUCUGAAAUUUCGAAACGGUUGAGCAGCUGUUGCUAUUAGAGCAGGAACAAAGCGCACAGAAGCAUAAAUGCGCGUGCACCUUUGGUUAUAUAAGAUUAAAAAAUCUAGUGAUCACUCGCAGACCACCCCAACACCGCCCUGCUCACCACUAUUAUCGUCAUCCUAAUCAGUGUUCAUCAAAUUUCCAACAUUGGGAACUUUUGUGAUGUGUGUGUGUGUGUGCGCGCGCGAGUGUGUGUGCAUGUGAGUGUUACGCACUUGAGUCUAAUAGUUAUUAAGAUAUAUGAGAAUAGCUUAGCGGAAACGAAAAAGUUCUAUACCAAAUCAAUGGGGCCAGUUCGGCACGCUAGGAAGCUCGCCACGCAUUGAGGAAAACUGCAAGCUGCAAUGAAAACGUUUCUAUCCAAUUAUGGUUCCAAUUUUAUUGCGUUAAAUAAUACGAGUGUGUAUUAUUUUGUGUACGCCCUUCACGGUUAAUCAAAGAAUGGUUAAAAUCCAGGAAGACGAGAAUUCGUCAUCGAAUGAAAAGUCGUUCUCUAAUCAUCUGGCCAUUGUUCAAUUGCCUCUUUUCAACCGUCCAACUUAUUCUUGCACAGAUAGUUAUUCGGUAGGCACGGUUGUGCGAAACGUGAUUUUAGUUUCCGCGAAAUAAAGGAUACUGUUUGAAGUAGUCAUGGAGCUGAAAUCUUUUAUUUGCAAUUCGAGCUUUUUAUCAUCAUUGGGUCUCGAAUUUUUUUUCCUAUAUGAUUGGUUUCGUAUGUAUCACGGAAAGUUUUCGUGUUGAUUGUCGUGUAUUAUGACUUGAAAAAAAUUAUCCGCAUAUAUGUGUACGAUGUAUUGAUGUAACAUGUCAGUGUCAAUAAUUCCAUUUCCAACCGAUAAUCAUUGAAGUGUUAUCAAUACUUAUUCUGGGAUGGUUAAGUCCUUGGUUCGUCAAGGUCUAACCACUGCUUGUCUCCAAGGAUUGAUCAUUAAUUGUUCGUCCUUUACUUGCAAAUUCUUGUAUCUUGAAAUUAACAACUUAUCACGUUUAAUAAUGAGAGGUAUGUCUAUUUUGAAUACAAAUCCCUCGAACGAUGUGACUCAGAAAUACAGUCAUCUUACCUUAUUACCGGCCCAGAUGAGGCUGGGCCAAAGGAUGUGUGUGUGUCUGUAUGUUUGGUGUGUACGUGUAUGCACAUGUUACUGUGGACAUUGCCCAUAACGCCGUUUGGUUUCAUUUUAUUAGCUGGCCAUUUAAACAAGGAAUAGAUGAAACAUGUUGGCCAGAUUUUAUUUUGCUUUACUACCUAUUACCAUCACGAUGAUCUAAGCGAAGAGACGCGCCAACAGAGGAUGAAUUGGUAUUUUUUCUUGCGAUUUGCUCUAGUAAAGCAAGGAUACUUAUGGGCUCUUGUCUUUUGUUUUUAAAACAAUUCCAGUUUUUGAGUGAAACCUUUUUUUACUUCGAAUCUUGAUUUCAAUUGGGACAGUUAAUUUCGUGGCAUCAAAGAUCCCUCACCGUCCCAAUCGGAACUGCUGGGUGUAAUGGAUGGACGUAUAUUCGUUGAUGUAUUUUUCUAUCUACACAUUCGUCGAUGCAGAAAUGAGAGUGAGAGAGUAAGUGCGCGAGCGGAAGAGAUACGGAAUAGAAAGGAUACGCAGGUGUAGUAGGAAAAUUGCGGAGAAUCACAAAAAAAACGCAGUAACAUUGAAUGUGCGUGCAAAAUAGCAGGACGAGUAACGGGGCGAGACUUAAAGCAAAUGAUAAAAUAAAUCAAUAAGCGGUAAAAAUGAAAAAUAAGAAAAUCUGCAUAAAAUGUGUU